CAAUAACAACGCAAUCAAUAUUUGUAUGUGAAACAUGCGCGUGUGCAGAAUAUGUUUAAAGCAAUCGUCUAAACUGGUCUACGAUUUGGAUUUUGGCUCGCCGACGAUUCGCGCCAAGUUGUUAACGUGUAUUCAGAAUAUCAAUUCACGAUUUCUCGACGUGAAUUACUGCAUUUGUGAAGUAUGCUUUACCGCCCUGAACACCGCGUAUGAGCUGCGCGAAAUGCAAAUGACCGCUGAGGCAGAAAUUAAAUCCGUAAUGAUAAACGUUGACGAUUACGCCAAUUUGAACCAGUAUGUACUGGAAGCUUCGCGGCGUCGUGAAAAACUCUACAAUAAUAAAAUACAAGUACGCGCUGAUGGCAUUCUUCUGAAUGAUAUUAAAGAAGAAGAACAAUUGGCGGCCAUUGCUACCAUAGAUCCUACAGCAUCAACUUCCAGUCAAGAUGCAGAUCCUUUUCUAAUACCAUUAACAACUACUCCUAAUACUAUUGAUACCGUAAACGCUAUGGGUUUACAUGUGUUACAACACACUUCUGAAAUGGCGGAUGAGAAUCUAGCUAGCACGUCAGCUCAAUCCGAGCCUGAAUUUAAAGUACCUUAUGGAAAGAUGUGUCACAUUUGUUUUCGGCAAUAUCCAAACCGCACGUGUUUAUUGAGUCAUGUACGUGCUGUGCACCAAACUCAGGGCAAAACUAGAGUUAUCAAACGUAGCGUAUUGAAUAGGAAACUACAUCUAUUGUCACCGGAUGAAAUGUGCGCUAUUCAUAGUGAAGUGGCGAAGAAGUGCGAACAGACGCAGUGUUACGAAUGUAGAAUUACAUUAAAAUGCGCGCAUGAAUUGCAAUAUCAUAUCACAGCGAUACACAAGGGCUACACGGUUAACAAUAUCAAUUUUAAUGUCAAAUGCAACAUUUGCUCGGCAACCUUCGGUCAUAAAUAUUUAAAGCUGCACCUGAAGGGGCAUGAACUCCAAGUAGGAGUGGAGAAUAUAUUUUGUGAAGAGGUAAAAGGGCAAGGUGACAAUGGAGAGGAGAACGAAUUAUUACAUUAUUGGCAGUGUCAAGCUUGUAAAGUGAUGUUUAAAAGUGAUGAACAAUCAAUGGAAGAACAUCUGAAGAUGCAUCAGACUUUAGAAAAAUAAUUAAUUGUUGAUAUUUAUAUACUUGUUAUGUUUUGUGUGUUGCCAAAUAUAAAUUAAUUUAUUAAUUGUU